CUAUUGUCGCCACUGUAUGUAAAGGUUUAUUUAGCCACUGUAAGUAAAACCAAACCAAGUAUGCAUAAAGUAAAAGCCCUCGGACCUGUAGUGCAAACAGCCUAAGUCAAGGCGAGAAAGUACAUGGUUAUUACGUCACAACUGGUGAUGUGGGGGGCUUCAGAUUUGUUCCACACAGGCCUUAUGAGGAUAGGCUAUUCUGUAGUAGUAUUGUGUAUUAUCCUUGCCAACAAUCCACUAGUACUUGUCAGUUGUCAUACAUUCCAGUCAAAAUCGUCAACUGAUAAAAAUCAAUAAUGGCGACGCAGUUUUUCUGUAAAAGUUUAUGAUAACCAAAACAAAACAAAUAUUUGAUAUUAGAAGCGAAAAUGUGAUUUUCCUUCGAAAGUAAUAAUUUGUAAUUGUGACGCAAUAAUGGCUACGUCGUCCGAAAACAGCGCGCCAGACAAAGCGUGGAUAGAAUUUUGCGAGAGACAUGCCUCGGCUGCUGCACAGGAUUUUUCGAAAAGUUGUCACAACUACAUAAAUAUGUGUUUGCCGGAGAACGCGAGGCACCUGGUCAACCACAAGGAUCUCAUGAAGAAGUUUCUUGAGUUUUUCAAGGAGGAAUUCGACAGGGACUUUAGCAGGAGACAGUUGGGUGGUACCAAGUGUACGAAUGGUGUUGCCAGUCUUGCCAGCAACGAGGAUAGCUUCGACAUCGAAGAUGGGAGUCCCAAAAUGAGUCACAAACCUUUCUUUAGACGAUUAAGCUUCAAGAUGCUCAGAAAAAGCAAGGACCUUUUUCACAAACAUUCCGACGAAGAUUCGAUCACUCACAAUAAAACUAAACUAGCCAAAAUUGUGGUGGAGUGUCGUAAAGAGGGCAUUGUCAAUUAUUCAACCCCAGAAUGUUUGGAUCAACCGUCAGGACCGCCUAAAUGGGAAAGAUGUAGAUUACAGUUGGUCAAAGCGACAGGUGGUUAUAUGUUGGAAUUUUAUUCUCCACCUAAAAAUCCCAAACCUCGAAGUGGUGUCUUCUGCGCUCUUAUAACAGAAGCAAGGGAGACUACUGCUUUAGAAAUGCCUGAUCAUGAGAACACUUUUGUUCUAAAAGCCAGCAAUAAUAUGGAAUUUGUUAUAGAAGCUCAUGAUACAGAUGAUAUGAGGUCUUGGUUAGCAACUAUAAAAUAUUGUAUGAGGCUAGGCCCUGGGGCAAGCGAAGCAGGAGGCAUAACUGAUUAUCAAUCAAAUAAUGCUCCCGAUUUACCACCGAGGCACGCUGCCGGAGCUAGUAGCAGAUUGUCUUCUAGUUCAAAUUUUGAUAUUUGUCCUAGCGGAGAUACACACAAUACAGAAUCAGACAUUGGCCAGACGUUAAAGAAGGAGCUUUGGUUUCAUGGCAUGUUGCCUCGAUCGGAAGCUACUCAGCAAGUUUUACACGACGGUGCUGGUGGGCAUGGCAGGUUUUUGGUUAGGCAAAGUGAAACGCGGACAGGAGAAUUUGUUUUGACAUUUAAUUUUCAGGGUAGAGCAAAGCAUCUUCGAAUGACAAUAAACGAACACGGGCAGUGUCGGCUGCAGCAUUAUUGGUUCGCCUCCAUCUAUGAGAUGUUGGAGAAUUUUCGCACCCAUCCAAUACCUUUGGAAAGUGGUGGAAAUUCCGAUGUUACCUUGACGGAUUAUAUUUUAAAUCCCAAUGCAAGGCAACAGUUGCAACACUCCGGCACCCGUAGUGCUGUUCCCUCGCCCAAUAACACUCUGGUGGCAGGCCAAGGAACUUCGGCAAAUGGAAGUUCGGACGCUGCUGGAGCGACGCGACGCGCCCCCCUUCCCGUCCCGGAAGUUAGACAAGUCGUGGCACACAACGGCAGUAUACGUAGUCAAGACGCUUUGGCAGAACAACACAUUGAAACGCCAAACAGGGCAGUGGAAAACCAAUACAGUUUCGUUUGAAACAUUUUCACCCUUUUUAUGUAAUUGAGGCAACAAUAUCAUCAGAGUUCCGGAUAGUUGUUUAUUGUUCAGACGUAAAAGAACAGAGCUAAUUUUUAGGUAUUUUCACAAUAAUUUUGUAAAUGCAAUAAAACCUUUUUUUUUUUGUUGAGGAAGCAAGAAUACCCUAAAACAAGGGAAAAAAGUAUACACACAUUUAGGUCAAUUUUUUAUCUACCAUAAUUGAUGGCUGGUACAUAUUAAAGCUCAAGCCAAGUUCCCCAUCUCUGUUCUUGAAAAUUAUACCAAUUUGUUCAUUUUAUAUCUCCACCUUAUAAUCAAAAAUAAUGUGCAGUGUCUGUAUCUUCGUCAUUCCAGCGUGAAAGAGCUAUUUUUGAAUGUAAUUAUUAUUGUGUAUG